CAAUAAGCAGCGUCUGCUGCAAACAUGGCUACCCCCGAAGUUCUGAAAAUGCUUGAGGAGCGAAUUGAAGAGCUAGAAAGGCGACUGACAGAUCGCGACCCCACGAAGGAACCACCAAACAAGUCUAGCAUAACGGAAGUGCUACUGAACGUCCAUACGAAAAUCCAGGCUGCCGUCGCAUCUCGGGAGAAGUUGUCAGUGCUCAAAAAAACUGACGAGCUUGACAGAUAUCUGGACGCCGAAUUUCAGGACCGGGUUGAUUUGACAGAGGGUGCCAAGCUCCAGCUCAUUCUAGCAGAGGAAGACAGAAUCCGACAGGUGAUUGCUGCUUACCAAAAGAUGGAGGACCUAAAGCCAGUCCUCGACAGCACUCACAUCAAAGAUGCACCAACUCAUAUUGGCAAGGUUUCAGCACUUGCUACUAUUCAACUUGAGCAACAGGAGCAGGCUGAUGAGCAGACCAGGAAUCUGCACCACCUGCUAGCAACUUACAAUGACCUGGUGAACACCAUAUCGAAGCAGCUCUUGCUCUGGGACUCCAUUCUGACAAGCAAGCUUGAACAGCAGAACACGAAAACCGUGUCAUCUGAGUAAUAUUUUGUGAACAGAGGCAACUUGAUUCUGUUCAGCAAAACAGGAAUAAAAUUUGUAAUUAUUUUGCUGUGUCAA